AUGGCUCAUGUUGUUGAUCUUGGUACCCAAUCCUUCAAUCUGGGAGGACAAUGCUUAGUGUCCAGAGCCACUGCAACGUUGAUUUAUGAUGACAAUACCAAUGCCACGGGGUCGAAAAGCAGAAGAGUCAGCUAUCAGGAUUCUUGGAUUGCAUUGAAGCAAGAACUCGCACUGGACCUACAGAUCGAAACUUGUUCAAUUCCAGCCAUGUCUGUGCCCAAUUUUGUCAAGCAAGCUGUCGAGACGGGGCAAGCUUCAUUAAUUCGGGAUAACCCAUAUCUUCGAGUGUCGAGGAUAUAUCACGAAUAUCGUUGCUUAACUAAUUCGGUCGCUCUUAAUGUUUCCCUCGUCUUGAUCAAAAUACCCGAUUUAUCACCUCAGAUCUUGCCGAAGAGGUUACCUCGCAGAGCAAAACAAUGUGUAGCUGAACCUCAUCCACCGCCUGGGAUUGAUAGGGCCACUUUAUCACGCAUCACGAUUAGUAUGAAGGGCGUUGGACAAUGCGCCCCUUGGAAUUUCUUUCUGACAAAACCUUCGUUGAGGCUUUCUCACCACAACCCAUUCACGGGCAAUCACCAUGUACAAGAUAAUAUUCCGAGUCAACAAGCUCACGUUUCGACUCUAUCUUCAUCUCUCCGGAAAUACCCACCGCUGGCCCCUCGGCAAACUACAGAUAGCGAUCGCAGACAUACUCAAAGUGUGUUGUCAGAUGACAAGAGUGUCCAACACUCUAGAAAUGUCCUAUCAUACCGUGAGAUAGGAUCACUACAACAAGAUAUAAAUUUCCACGAGAUGGUCAGAUGUUCGAUCCGCAGUCUUGUGAACGGGAAUUCGCAGCAGUAUAAAAGUCUAGUCACCAGAUCGGCAAUUGAGGACGGUCCAAGUCUGUCGGAUAUUGCUCCUCUUUUGUUCAAACCGGGCCAUUAUGAGAGGGCCGGACUUAUACCGAUGGUGACGAGAUCGAUGGCGAGGAUAUUUAGGGCACCUCAAUCCCUCGCUUCCAAGGAGAGAACUAUUUCCGUGAAAUCAAAACUGAGAGCUAGAUAUGGAAACCGUGAGAAUCCCGAAAGUGCGGAUAUUGGACAUCUGACCCGCGCAAUGAUCAAGUGUGUUGUCUGGACAGCGCUUCAAAGAGGGUCUUACAAAGCCGAAUGGCCGAAGAUGUCUACUUGCGAAGAUUUGGGUACGAUGCUGUUCAGCGACGAUUGCAUGCUUACCGAAGAGGUCGAAGAGUAUGAUUGCGCUGAUGAGCAAAUGAUAUAUUCAACUACGAGUUCAGUCACUAACUCGGACGACAUCUUGUCAAAUACUGAUGUUGAACCCAACUCUAGUUACUCCAGUCUUUCUUCACCAGAAAAGUUAUUUCACAGGUUUUCUGAUAAAGGUAGUCUUAGCGAUGGGCUACACCAUGACUUCACCAGUGGAGAGUCUGCGAUAGACGAUUCAGAGUCUGAUAUCAUAUCGCGGCCAGAUACGGAAAGAGAAGACAUCAUUAUCGGCUCCUCUUCUCUACCACCUACAGCAUGUGACAUGUUUACCGAUUCUGAAGUGAUGACGCCUUCGAGCCCGUGUUCAGAAGUGUUCAACCAAGAUAAUGAAUGCAGAGACCAACACGACGAGGAUAUGAUGGAUGAUUCAUCAUCCAUAUCCAUUCUGUCUUCUUUCACUAAUCAAUAUGCAUUGGAGGAACUAAAACAGGAGACGGAGAUGAAAUUGGAGCAUGAUGAAACAGAGGACAUUUUGAUGAGUAUUUGA